AUGUCUCUCAAAGUAUUAGUAUCCCCUUCCAAUCCUACAGCCCAAAUGAGGCAUAAAUGGCACAGAAGAACUUCAGAGACAUCCAUAUCGCCUCCUGGAUCCAGCAUUGGUUCCCCCAACCGAGUCAUUUGUGCUAAAGUGGAUAAUGAAAUCCUUAAUUACAAAGAUUUGGCUGCUCUUCCCAAGAUUAAAGCCAUCUACGAGGUGCAACGCCCUGACCUCAUUUCUUAUGAGCCCUAUCACAGAUAUACUUCGGAUGAAACACUGGAGAGAUAUAGCUAUGGGGAGGUACAGUUUCUAAGGCAUUUCACCUGGAUUGUACACAAUGAAUCUAGAAUACUGUUUUUAACACCAAUUUUCCUCUGCCUCUCUCUUUUCUUCUCUGCUGCUCCCUCCAAUCUGCUCUUUCAAGGGACAGAGAGUGGACGCAGCUCCCCCUACUAUAGCCAAUUAGAUGUGAGGUCUUCUACACCUACCUCAUACCAAGCUCCUAAGCAUUUCCACAUUCCAGAUUCCCACCACCCCUCUUCAAGAAUGACAGCUGCUGCAGAGAGUAACAUCUAUCGGAAACCACCCAUCUAUAAAAGACACGAUUCUCACGCUGCAGCUACAAAAAGCAAAACUAGUGAAGACAUCAGCCAGACUUCCAAAUAUAGUCCAGCUUAUUCUCCAGAUCCAUAUUAUCACUCAGAAACAGAAUAUUGGACUUUUCAAGGUUCACCCAAAGCUCCCCGAGUUCGAAGAUUCUCAUCAGGAGGAGAAGAAGAUAGCUUUGAUCGAGGGAUGCACAGACUCCAGACAGGAAUUGGCCGAUUGAUACUGAAGGAAGAAAUGAAGGCCCGUGCUAAUUCAUACAUGGACCCUUGGACACCUCCCCGCAGUUCAGCAAGCAGCAGAGAAGCUCUUCAUACAGCAGGCUACGAGGGCUCCUUAAAUGGCUCACCCCGGUCACACUACCUGGCAGACAGUGGUGGUGAUAUUUAUGGACUGUUGUAUAGCUUCACAUAUGGUAGUUUACCUCAGCCUCCCAGCGCUGAACUCUUCCACUAUGAUAGCACAAAUGCCGUCAACUGGGGGAUGCGAGAAUACAAGAUAUAUCCUUAUGAGUUGCUUUUGGUGACAACUAGGGGAAAAAAUCGCUUGCCCAAAGAUGUGGACAGAACUCGGUUAGAGCGCCAUCUGUCCCCAGAGGAAUUUUACCAGGUGUUUGGCAUGACUAUUGCUGAAUUUGAUCGCCUGGCUUUGUGGAAAAGAAAUGAAUUGAAGAAGCAGGCUCGGCUAUUUUGAAAACAGUAUAUAUAAAAACUAUAUAAAUAUCUCUAUAUAGAAGCUCUGUAUAGUACAGAGUAGAAUCUCUGGCUGUUCUCUUUGGAAGCCUGUAGAGUGAACCGAAGUCUCACAGAUAUUUUUAUGCUCUUUGUUUCUUUUAUUCUUUUUUUAAAAAAAGAGUAACUCUUAUUUGGGAAACUUUUCAAGUGUGGGGAGGAUGUGGGAACCUGUUUUAUACUGAGCUCUUUCUUUUUUCUUACAUCAAUGUUGAGAACCUUGGGCAUUAUCAUAGCUCACCCUUGAGCCUCUUAAAAGCAAGUCUGGAGAGAUAGGAUGAUGGAACUGGGGGCAUGUUUUGAUAGAGCCAAUCAUCCUUAUACACCUGCCCCCACCCCAUGGCUUCAGAAUAACUGGAGUAUGCUGCUCAAUCAGGCCAAGGAUUUAUCUCAACCUGCCUUUUGUUUCUAAUAGUAGCUCAACAAAUAUCUUUUGCAUUUUUCUAUUAUUUUCCUCACUAUCUUAAUCAUCUCCAAGGAAAUAUAUAUAUGUUUGCUGGAUAGAUUUUGGUUUUAUUUGUAUCCCUUUAUACCAGGGAUCUUGAGAUCUUGGUGUAAGAUCUCAACACGCACGUCUAUAUGUGUGUGAUUUUGCACCAGGAUUUAAACAUGCUCAUAUAAAAGGAUACAAAUAAAACCAAAAUCUAUUCAGUCAGCAUUCUUUUUUUUUCUUAUAGCAGACAUCCAAAUGACUCUUGGAAAUUAAAAAGAUGGGCUUUAAGGUGAUGAGAAACCAUAUACUUUGUGUUCCUUCCUGCAGCAUCCAGAAAUCAGAUUGAUUACCUCUAUGUAUGGAAGCUUUAUAUAGCUAUUAUUGAGAGUAACCAUCUUUAAAACAAUUUAUAAAUAUUAGCUUGCAAAAUUUCUUUUUUCUCUGAGUUACAGUGACAUACAGCUGUCUUCCAUACCUCUUCAGAGAUUUGUAGAAAGCAAUGCACUGAAACACUUACUAAAAUUUAUUCUGAUUCAGCAGAUACUCCUACAUUCAGGGAAUAGGAAGUUAGGUUUCUUGGAAUACAUAAUUAUAUGCUCAACUAAAUAUUUAGGUACUUUAACACAAUUUUGGAUAUCAUUUACAUUUGCACAGAUCUAUAUUCAGCCUUCCCCAAUCUAGUGGUCUUCAACCAUGCUGGACUAAAACUUCCAGAAGUCAUACUGAACUAUGGACACUUGUAGAGACUAGUUUGGGGGUACAAUCUGUGAUAUACACCCAAUUAUAAUCUUCAUUUCCAUUAUUUCAAUUUCCUCUUCUUUUACUAGUCACUUUAAGCAGUCAAUUAAAAAAACUGCUAUAAAAGAGCUUAACCUUACAAACUUGAGAUCAAACUUUUGAAAAGGGGGGGAUAACAGGGAAUAACUGGCACCACUGUCCAAUUCUCAAACAAAACAGUUCUAUAUACUAAUCAGCGGUUUGUUGAAUAAAUCAUAAUAGUGGAAAGCUAUUAACCAUAGUUUAGAAGAUACAGUGACUUGAUUCACAUAAUAUGUUAAGCUAAAAUCCAAUAAACUAUAUUAUGGCUUAGCAUGAUAUGUGAAGCUUGUCACUGUUGUUUUUUAAAUAAACUUUGGCUAUGGCUGUUGGAAAAAGAAUGAAGCUUUACCCAGGCAGAUGUGAUGUUCAAAGUAUUACAUCUGAACUUUUAUGUGAGUUUUAUAUAUGUUUUCUGAAAACAGCAGUCAUAUUAGGAAUCAAACUUUGAACUUUCAAACAUGUAUAAAAACUGUUGGAUUACGGGGGGAAAAGAGUUUGGAAAAACCUUGGCACUUGUAAUGUCUUGUUCAUCUUUAAUUUAACUAAUUUAAUUGCAUACAGUAUGUCUGGCCUUUCAUGGUCACUAGCCACAUUUCUGAUAUUGUGUCAAAUCAGUAGGGUCAACUCCUAAAUGAAGAAAUGUUCAUGGAAUGUUUUGAUUUGGGAGAUUGUAUGUUUGUUCUUUCUUAAAAGAAAAAGAAAUUUCUUACCUAAUACACUGUUUGAACAAAA